UCGCCAAACCCGCCCAAGUUCGAAAAAAAUAAAAUAAACAUGUCUGGGAGAAGAGCACUUUGCAAAGAUUCAAACGUGACAUAUGAAGUCACCGGCAACGAUGGAGUUUAUGCUGACUCGACCAUCAUUAAGGACAACUCUAAACAAGGGAAGUUCGUAGAAGACGACGAUAGCGACCCACCGGUCGUCUUUUUCUGCGGGAGUUGCAAGUUGCCCGUCGGUGACUCGUUGUCUUGGGCUGGGAGUGAGGACGAAAAAAAUCAAAUACUGCUGAACCGUGUCAGUGACAAUGUUUUGGUUGGCAAAGAAACUCACUUCUCUGGUACCUGUAAGAAGGAUCUAGGCUGCCUGAAAGUCCACCUGACCUGUCGUGGCUGCAGCUCUCUGCUUGGCAUGGUCUACAUCUCUACACCCAGGAAACUGGACCACAUCAGGUCUCUGUUCUGCCUCAAUGUGACUGCCAUAGAGAGCUAUGUCCUGGGGUCUUCCAGUCAGCAGGUGGCAGCAGUGAGCCCCAAGCAGCAGCCGGUCACUCUGGAGUACAGACAGGCUGUAGAGCGACAACUGGAUGAGAUUAAGGCGGUGACUCUGUCUAUGGGGCAGAGGUUGUUGGUGCUGGAGGGUGACCAGCAGAGUAAAUGUCAUAUGUGAUGAUGCAUCUUGACAGUGAUGGACUACGUCAUGGGGGGCCCGGGGGCCCGCUGAGGUCUCACAUACACACAGUACUAAGUAACUCAACCCUCCCUCCCCAUUUCUACCUAAAUCCCACUUUGCCCUCUACCCCCCCUCCUUUGUUAGUUCUGAUGGGGAACCACAAGAGCCACAAUCUGUUUGUUCCACAAGGUUUAAACACCUCUAUCACAAUAAAUGGCACCCUAUUCCCUAUAUAGUGCACUACUAUAGACCAGAGCCCUAUGGAACCCUAUUCCCUAUAUAGUGCACUACUAUAGACCAGAGCCCUAUGGAACCCUAUUCCCUAUAUAGUGCAC